AUGCAAGUGGCCUUAUAUACCGUAGGCAAGAGAGGUAACGUUAGUUUACUAAAGAAUCCAGUUGUUGUGGCCCCCUGCUGCUGCACUGUUCUUAGAGAUCCAAGCUGUGCUCAGAGUGAAUGGAAAAAGGUUGUGGAGUUUGAUAACAUUUGUUGCAACAGCAGCAGUGAUGAUGGUAAUUCAGAAUUUAUUGUUCACAUUGAGGAUGUUCAUGUGCUAUCCAGCUUGUGUUGUGACCUGCCUCGUGCUCACUCCUUCCAGACUAACUCGGCCUCCAGAAUGAAAACACUUUUGAAGGAAGUGAAGAUUCUUGAGGAAGAAGAGAAAUACAUGAUAGAAAGGGUGAUUGCCUUUACAAAGAAACAGGUGGAGAGUAGGAGCAGCCACAAGGAUACACAAGUUCUGCUGAAAGUGUCAGAGUUAAUUAUAAUUCUUCUACUGCAUAUUUCUGACCACAGAUCGCAGGUGGAGAGUAGGAGCAGCCACAAGGAUACACAAGUUCUGCUGAAAGUGUCAGAGUUAAUUAUAAUUCUUCUACUGCAUAUUUCUGACCACAGAUUAAAGGAGAGGUUACAGGAGGUGUUAACAUUACUGACUAAAGAAGUGGAAGAAAAUCUUUCAUCUGUUCUUGACACUGGUCAUUGGUCACAUUUACUUGGUGUAAUGCAUCAGUUUCUCCAUUUAUAUUAUAUGGUGAACAACUGGACCAAGAGCUCUCAUGAUGCAAAUGCAAAAAGAAAUGGAGAGGAGUUGGGAAAGCAUUUAUUGUGCUGGACACCUGAAACUCUGCUCUCAUGUAUGUUGCAACUCGUCAAGACAAGAACCACAAAGACUCACAGUGAAACUCAGCAAGAAGGCUCACAAAGUAGCAAUAGUUCCAGAACAUCGCUAAGCCAAGGUUCUUUCUCACGUGCUCUUAACAUGGAAUUUGAAGAGUUUGAUGAAGCUGGACCAUCAAUGACAGUGAAAGAUGACUUUCAGCAGUUUGAGGCUGAUGAUAAGAGUACAAUUAUGGAAGGACCUACUGAUGCCAACAUCAUACUGGAAAAUUGAGCUCGUUAAGUUCACAAGAC